AUGUCGCUUAAUGGCCUCGAUGACACCAAGGUGAAAGAGGCACACACAACAGCCGUCUCUGAACCUGGCGGAUGGUUCCUCCUCAAGUAUGCGAGCCGCGACGAGGUCGAUUUAUUAGGUCGUGGGAAUGGCGGCAUCGUCGAGAUCCGAAAUGCCAUCUCCGACGAGCUCAAGGACACCAAGCUUUCCGCGGCGUGCUCGCUGCAUGCCGCGUCAGGAUCCACGUCGUCAUCAACAAGUUCCCUUCGCCGUAGGAGACUAGUGGAGAUUGCGGAGGAGGAUGAGGAGGAACAGCAGCGAGCUAGCAAGCGCCAGUCACUUGGGGAAACUGACGCCCUCAUCGUACCUGACACCCCCACAGCCGAGGAAGCUGCGGAGGACAAGGGUUCCGCCCCUGACCCAACGGCCUCCGCAGCCACAUUCAGGCCCGUCUCUACCAUACCCGCAGGCUUCAAGCUCUUUUCCAAGGGAUCCAAGAGGUCCAAACCCAAGGACUCGUCCAGCAACGAUCCCUCGUCUUCCCCAGAACAGUUCCAUGCCGUGCCGGAAAUAACAUUUGGCAACUCGAUUGUUCCCAUCCCUGAGCCUGUCGACUCCCCAGACUUGGAGGAAUUGCGCCGUCCGCACACUAGUUCCGGGCCUGGCCCCGCUCGUCCUUCUACUAGUUCCGGAGCGAGUUUCGUCAUGCCGCCCUUCAAACCCACGUCUCCCAUCAAGGAGAGGAUGACUCCUGAGAAGGCACGCCUCAUGAAGGCGAUGCAGCUGCGUGAGAAGAAGAAGAAGUUGAGCAUGAUGCCACCCCCUGUACCAGCGCUCCCCGUCUCACACCGAGAGGUGGAGGAGGAGAUUCCGGAAGUUCCGGAGGCAGUGGUGCAGUCGGACCCAGUGCCUGUGCCAUCUUUGGCUCCGUCUGCUUUGGAGGAGACUGCGGACAAGCAACGGGACGUGGAGGACGCGGACCAAGACGACAGGCUAUCCCUAUCCCAAGCCGACUCCGCGAUUGUCAUGGAAGGCAGCAUGUCUGCAGUCACUGAUCAUGCUUCCGAGGCUGCGCAUACAGAUUCGCUUCCCGCCUCACCAUACAUUGCCUCUUCUGAGGCUGCCCAGUCUACCAAGGCGUCGUCAAUCUCGGAGUCCACUGAUGAAACGAUCGAGGCCAACCACGAGAAGGAAGAAUAUAAGGAGAAUGACGACGAUGUCGAUGAGGUACUAGCCGACUCGACAGAGGUGGACCAGGAGCUCACUCGUACUUCAGCGGAUGAUGUUGCGGAAGAAGUAGUUGAAGCCCCUGUUUCUGAGCCACUCGAGGUUGCCGCCGCGGUCGCACAUGAGCCUGAGGACAGGGAUCGCGAGGUUGAUGCUGAGGUCGAUGUUGUAGACAUUCCCUUACCCAAGGUCCGCACCGGCACUGCUUUGCCCGUCUCGAGGUUCUCUACGGCCAAGGAUUCGGUCAGCAGCGAGAUUGAUGCUUUUACCGAGGAAGCGCCUAGUGCGUCUGAAGUGCAGGAGGAGGUCGAUGACAUUAAGCGAGAGCGUAGGAGGAGCUCACUCCGAAUCCCAAAGUCCAAGUUUUCGACGCGCGAUCUCCGCACGCAGGUUGAUGCGGUCGAGGAACACACUUCCCCUUUCCCAGCUAUUCCCACCAUGGAGGCGACUGUGGCGGAAACAGAAUACCUCGCCGACGACCAGGCUGACCAAGGAGAAGAGGUGGAGGUGCAAGCAGAUGGCGACGCUCAGGAGCCCAAGGAGCAGGAUAGGACAUCGUUGCACAGCAGGCUGUCGAGGAAAACCGCCAACUUGGAGCCCAUCAAGACCGACCUUGCCCCUUCUAUCCGGAGCUCACUCAGCUUAUCGGAUGAUGAGGACCUGCUCGACGAGCUCCAAUCCGCCACGGUGCAAGAGGCGAAACCCGUUGUGGUAGCAAAGUCGCCUAUUCAUCCCAGUUUCCCUACCCUUGUAGGCAGGGAGGGGCUUGUCCCGCCCGGCACGAGAACCGCCCCUGCGAGUGGCUUGGCGCCCAAGAAGGCGAACAUCGGCUCGAGCAUCUCGCAGCGGAUCAAGGCCCUAGAAAAGCUAUCCGGAGGCAGCGGCGAUGCCCCUCCCGUCGAGUCGGUUCAGCAACCUCGCCCAAAGACGCCGUCGGCAAACUUCUUCUCUGUCAGGAAGUCGAGCGUGCGUGAUCCUUCUCGAUCUCCUUCCGUUGUGGAACGUGCUACGUCUUUUGUCAGAAGUAGCCCGCCCCCGAGACGAGGGAAUCAUCGCCAGAGACUUCGCGGCAGCGAUCUCGUCAAGGCUAGAAUCAUCCGGGACCCAGCGGCAGCCUCGGGCGCCGUGCCUGAACACAAGGACGCCACUGAAUAUGCGCCCCUCGACUUGAAGCAAUCUCCUCUUGAAGUAGACCACCAAAAGGCCGAGCCAGGUCUUCCCAUGAGAACGGCUAACCCAGCUCCGGUUCCCAUUAGCAAGGAGACGAUCCAGGAGCGGAGAAUGUCGCGGGAAAAAGACGCUCCGAAGCGUCGCAAAUCCCUCACUUCCCCCUCGGUGGACAAUCUCGCGGCGCCCACCCCAUCUACGCCAUCUCGCUCCCCGUCGAGGCCCCCUUCGGUCCAUCAAAACUCGGGCACGACGUUUCAGCGAAGACUUUCGAUCAGCAGCCGACGUUCCUCCGUGAGCAAGGAUCCCGGUACGGCGGGUACACUAUCCCCUUCGGCCUAUACCGAGACCAGCGGCUCGGGGGACGAAUCCAAGUCGGGUGCGAGCGAGAAGAAGUCGUCUAAGAGCCGAGCGGGGCGUUUUAUGAGGCGCCUGUCUUCCUCGCUCCACGGAAGCCGUGGUAAGAACACGCCAACGGGCAUCUCGCCGACCUUGCACGAGGAAGAAGCGUCGGCCCAGGUUGCCGAGCCUGGAGCGUCUAACCGUCGCGACUACAACGGCCCCACGAUUGUUGCGUACAUGGGCGAUGUGAACGUGCAAUUCCCUGAUAAUCUCUUGUGGAAGCGCCGGAGCAUGUGCCUCGACUCCCAGGGUUUCCUAAUCCUCAGCACCGCUGCGGCUACCGCGGCGCCAAUGGACAAACAGCCAUCUGGCGCAGGUGUCAAGAGGUAUCAUCUCUCCGAGUUCCGACUACCUUACCCGCCCGAGAUGGAGGUUCAGGAACUUCCCAACAGUGUGGUGCUGGACUUUGUAGAGGGUUCGGGUCUCCAGGUUGCCUGCGAAGACCGAGCCGGCCAGGCGCACGUCCUUGAGAUCCUCGUCGAAGCCCACAGGAAUCACUCUUCCUUUGGCCAGUAG